GCUUAUCGAUAGUGGUACUCACUAAAAGGCGGCUUUAAGUACCUGGAAAGCCCCGGAAUUAUAGCGUAACAUGCUGCAUCUCAAUUGUACCUAUUCACGUUCACCUCGAGUUCUCUACAGUUAGCUUAGAUUUUUAUCAAAUUCCAAACGCUUAAAUCGUUAUCAUUGAUGGAUGACGUGGUAGUCAAGGUCCUCCUUCUCGGAGAUGAGAAAGUAGGAAAAUCAACAUUUCUAUCACGAAUUAGUGGGGGUAGCAGGAGUCUCGAUGGUCACGCCCAAAUCACUUUAUUACGAGACAUAGAUCAGCCAUUUAUUUUCGAAGUUACAAAUAGGAGGCGCAGAUAUUGUCUAGAAUUCUAUGAUACGUCUAGUCCAGAGGACUGGCGACUCCUGCAGCCAGAUCUCGUCUUGAUAUGCUAUGAUAUCAGCCAGAGGCUAUCUCUCAUCGACAUGCAAAGAGUUUGGAUCAAGCAGGUCCACAGCACCUUCCAAACCAGCGAUGGACUCCCUAUCAUGGUCGUCGGCCUCAAGAGAGACUUAAGGUCUGAAGACGAUCCUAACGGUAUUAUAUAUCCUCAAGAAGGAUACAAGGUGGCGCAAGAGAUGAGGGUCGAUAAAUAUGUUGAAUGCUCGGCUGUUACAGGGGAGCUUCUCAAGUUGGCCUUUGAGGAGAUCUGCAAUACCGCUGUAAAGACAUCAACCGCGGAUGGCGGGCAGAGCGAAGGCGGAUGUGCGAUAUUGUAAUUCCUUGAGACGGUGGCUGUCCUGUAUAUCAUCUUGCCGCUUUUAUCGAUCGUCCGGAAUCCGGAAAUUGGUUCAUAUUGGCACCUUGUGUGACCAAUAUUUACGCCAUCGGCCCCCAUUGACGAAACCCCUUCCGUAGUUUUAACAGCAAGAUCCUGUGAUACCCCAUUCC